AUGGACAAUCGACAGCCGGCCGAGGCGCCCAGGAAAACGUUACAGGAGUCCUCCCCACAUGACACGAGCCAUGGCUGGCGCAACCAUGACCCGCGGCGGUCACCAGCAGGACGGACGAGCCGGCUGGCGAAGGCCGUCGGCAGUAACCUCCGCCUGCGCGCCGUGGCUGCCACCGAUGCCCGCCACGGCACCGGUCGGCGCCGUGGCAACCAUCCGCCGGCGAACCGCCCCCUACUAGACCCUGGCGCGCCCCCGCUAACCCUAACGCGCCCCUCCCUCGCUCUCUCCCCCACACCCUCGCGCCCCAUCUUCCUCUCCGCCUCGCCCGAGCGCUGCCAUUGCCCUGGCCACCUCGCCGGCGUGCUCUCCGUCGACACCGCGACAUGGGAAGGCGUCCACGAGCUCCGCAGCUCCCCUCUGCAUCGACUACGGCCACCAGUUCAAGCCGGGCGCCCCCACAUCGCUGGAUCCGAGCUCUCUUCCCCGUCGGCCGCCGUGCGCCUCCCGCCAUCGAUCCCGUCUCCCUGCGCUCCUAAACCGCUCAAUGAGCCUUUCUUGAGCUCCACGAUGUCGGAGCCCAGGAACCAGAUGCCACCGCCGAUGCCUACUACUACGUGGAGACCAGCGACGACCAGGAGUAGUUAGGAGGCUCCCAGGCAG